CUCACAGCCUGACCAAACCAUCAACCUCAUCAAUGCCGCCAAACCCAUACACCUAACCACACCCAAACACAUGAAACUGAAUCACCGACGUUGCGAAAUAUGAGCUCCACCACCCCUCCUUUAUUUAAAGUUAUCAACUACUUCUCCAGGUCCCUCUUCUCCUAUUCUUCUCAUUCAUCUCCUUCCCGUUUCAUCUAUCUCGCUAGAACCAACCCUUUGCUCUGCUUAUCUCACUCUCGCCUCCUCUCUUCCUUGCAAUCUGGUUCAUCUAUGGAGGUGGUAGAAGUACCUAGUCACGGUUCUGGAACUCAGGAUAGUAUUGCUGUUAGAUCAGAUAACAGAAGUUACAGUUACAAUCAACUAAUAUCUUCUGCACGGAGUAUAUCUGGCUUAUUAUGCAAUGGUGACUUAAACACUUCCAAAGCAAAACCUGAUGGUGCACGAGGACUUGGGCAUCUUAGAGGGGCUCGAAUAGGUAUUGUGGCCAAGCCCUCUGCUGAAUUUGUCGCUGGUAUACUAGGGACCUGGCUUAGUGGAGGUGUUGCAGUUCCACUUGCUCUGAGCUACCCUGAGGCUGAGCUCUUGCAUGUGAUGAAUGAUUCAGACAUCUCCAUGGUAUUGAGUACUGAAGACCACCAUCAACUUAUGGAAAACAUUGCUGCUAAAUGUGCUGCUCAGUUGUCUCUUAUUCCACCAGUUCCCAGUAGUAGUACUUCACAUGCAAGUGCAGAUAGUCAUUUACAGGCAGGAGAAGUAGAUGCAGAUACAAUUUUUCACAGGAAUGGAAAGCAAUCAAGUGAGGAUCCAGCAUUAAUAAUAUACACCAGUGGUACAACGGGUAAACCUAAAGGAGUUGUUCACACUCACAGCAGCAUCAGUGCACAGGUCCAAACCUUGGCAGACUCGUGGGAGUAUUCAUCUGCUGAUCAGUUUUUGCAUUGUCUACCACUACAUCACGUCCAUGGGCUUUUCAAUGCUCUACUUGCCCCUCUGUAUGCAGGUUCCACGGUUGAGUUUAUGCCAAAAUUUAGUGUGAGGGGUAUUUGGCAAAGAUGGCGUGAAGCAUAUCCAAAAAAUGGAAUAAAGGCAGAUGAUGGCAUAACUGUCUUUACUGGAGUUCCGACCAUGUAUACUCGAUUGAUACAAGCUCAUGAAGCCAUGGAUGCAGAGCUAAAAGCUGCAUCUGCCUAUGCUGCAAAACAGUUGCGUCUUAUGAUGUGUGGUUCCUCUGCACUCCCUGUUCCUGUGAUGCAGCAGUGGGAAACUAUCACAGGGCAUCGUCUUUUGGAACGAUAUGGCAUGACAGAGUUUGUGAUGGCAAUAUCAAAUCCCUUCAGAGGUGAACGAAAGGCAGGCACGGUUGGAAAACCAUUCCCUGGUGUGGAGGUAAAGAUCAUUGCAGAAGAUGAUAGUAAAACAGAUACGACAGGGGUGGGUGAGCUUUGUGUUAGAAGCCCUUCAUUGUUCAAGGAAUAUUGGAAACUUCCUGAGGUAACAAGAGAAUCAUUUACAAAUGAUGGGUUCUUCAAGACUGGUGAUGCUGGCACAGUGGAUAAUGAUGGCUACUACAUCAUAUUAGGACGUACAAGUGCUGAUAUAAUGAAGGUUGGUGGAUACAAGUUAUCAGCGUUAGAAAUUGAAUCAAUUCUUUUAGAGCACCCAUCUGUAGAGGAGUGUUGUGUAUUGGGCUUACCUGACAAAGAUUAUGGAGAAAUUGUCUGUGCAAUAGUUGUACCAGAUGAAGAAGCAAAGAGGAAACAAGAGGAAGAAAAGAGACCUGCUAUAAGCUUGGAAGAGCUAUGCUCUGGGGCUAAACACAAACUUGCACCAUACAAGCUACCUACACGACUUUUUGUGUGGGAUUCACUACCUCGUAAUGCUAUGGGAAAGGUAAAUAAGAAGGAGUUGAAGAAAGUUCUGGCUUCUGACCAUCAGAUCUGAUUUCAAGACGAAAAGAAAUAGAUUAAUUUAGCAGCACUUGAGGCUUUGAAAGUAAGAUUUCAAUCUGAGGCUAGAAGGCAUCCUUCAUUCUCAUGCAUCGUGCCCUUAACUAAUGUGACCCAUAGAUGGCUGGUAAAUAAAUUUAAUAUAGUGAAAAUAAUGUAGUAAUUGAGGGAAACAAAUUGUUGACGUUAGUCAUGAACUCAAUGAUUUAGUUUUCUUUCUUUGGCUUUCUCUUUGUACGUUAUAUGUCAACAGUCCCGUUCACCUGGACCAUAACUGACCAAAUGAAUCCUAGGGUGGAGAUAUAAUCAGCAAUAGGGCUGUGUUUUGGGAUUUCUUAAUGCAUUUUGGACCUUGGCUUGAUCUGACGGUUACUGACCAAA